AUGGCCGUCCUUUCUGUAAAUGAAAGUGCAACUAAAGCGUUUUAUGCAACAGCUUCUUCAAGUGGCUUUUUCACUCCUCGAAGACCAGGUACAUAACUGAGCGCCCACGCAUUUAAGAACCCGUGCAAAUUAAGGUGCAACAACAAAUUUGGUUUCAGAGAACUACAAGCUUGAGUAUUUAAAAUCCUGUAUUAGUGGUUUAAACAAAAUUCUUCUAUCUAGUAAAAGAAGUUUUGCUUUGCAUGGCCACAAAUUUGUCAAACAAUACAUGUAGCAUUCUUAAGGUUGAAAUACAUUCUCGCAUUUCAGUACAGUAUAACAACAUUUUUUUUCUUUUGAAUAAAGUCGGAUAUUCUUCAAUCAUGACAAAAAAGCAUAGUUUUAUGAAAGACAAUGAAAUAUGACAAUAAUCACCACAAAGUAAAAUGUCGAGCUCAAUGGGAAAGCAAUACAGUGGUGAGACACAGUGCUGGUGUAUGAAUUCCACAUUGGAAUACCAUUUUAUUAAAGGCUGAAAAAAUGGUAUGCACUUUGAGAAACAUAUCUAUCGAGCGAAAAGUACUUUAUUUGGUUGAGAGAAAACAGGGAACUCUCCAUUUUCGGUUGUUCUUUAAAAUAUUCUUUCGUUUUAUCAGAAACUGGAAUAUAGAUUCGAAGUUUUCACUUGUGAUUCUGUCAAUAUACAAAUGACCCAUUUGCAUGGAAGUCUAUGUUAGUCAAGACAGUUUAUUUGUCAUGCUUUUCAGUUUGUGCGAUGUGCUCGUAGUAAUUAGAGUUAGUAAAUCCGAGACCCUUGUUCGUGAUAAACAGUUCUCAGGUUAUGGCUCGUAAGCAAAAAGCCUUUUUCAUAUCCCUCUCAAUGAGAAAUAGUUAUCAACGAAAGUAGACAGAGAGCUGUUACAGUAGUCGUAAGACAAAUAUGCUCUCAUACUAUAGUAAGCGUUCAAGGAAACAGUAUCCUAAGAGAGUGAGUUGAAAAACUGAAAGACAUUUUGAGAAAGGAAGGAUGUCUACAGAAUUGUGCUUCGCUUGACAAACAAGCAGUUGUUCUGAUAGCCUCUAACGUAACGGGACAAAAGACCAUGAAAUAGCUGAUCAAAUAUUAUUUUAACGUGGGCCUUUAAAGGUCAUUUCCUCCGCCCUGAGUUUAUGCCCUUUUGUGAAAGUUGGGCAUGGGGCCCUUUAUUAACCCUUUCACUGCCAAACGUGGCUAAAGGCAAAUUCCUACCAAAUUUCCAAAUUUCAUUUUCUAAUAUUUUGAGAAACAAAUAGCAUCGUGUGAAAGUACAGGCGGAGAGCUUUCAUUUGAAUGGUCACAUCAUAGGAUUUCGUCCACACACAAAAGUGAGAGUCACCUUACAAAACUCCAUCAAACACUCUGGCAGUGAAACGGUUAAGAGAAUACAAAAUUUAUCAAUGUUUGAGGAAAACAAGAUGGACAAAGCACUUCCUUUGGGCGGAAUGUUGUUUCCUUCUUAUGUCUUAUGUGACUCUGACUUGAUAAGAAUUGAAGGUGACAUUGAUUACAAAAUUCCUUGA